GUUCAAAUGUGAAGCAAUAAAAAUGAUGAAUACAAAAGUUUCGAAAGGAUUUUUAAUUUGUGCAUCAAUUUUUGCAGUCUGUGUUUAUUCACAGUCAACUUCCAAUGCAAAAACAAUUACUGAUUUAACAAAUGAGGUUCUUAAAGUCAUUAAUGACAACAAGAGCUUAACAAUGCGUGAAUUGGUCAAUAAACUUCGUGAUCAGACACAAGCAGCUGCAUCGAGUAUCAAGAAUUCUGGUGGAUAUCCAAGUCAAAGUGAAAUAUCAAGUGCAAUUUCUGACCUGCUUACUAAGCUGCCACAAGAUGGACCAAUUACUGGUGAUGGCAUUCAAAGAUUUCAAAAUGGAAUCACUUCUCAUUUAAAUCGAGUUUUUCCAGCCAAGUCGACAUAAAAGUUUGGCUGUAGAUUGAAAACUUUCUGAUUAAAUUUUGAAUUGAAUAAAAUAUUUGAUAUUUUUAAACCUAUUUAA